CGGACGCACUGGUGAACUCCGUAGCCGAUUUCUUCACGCCAUUGUAAUAUUAGUUUAUUUUCAGACUUUGGAAACACUUUGUUAGGGUUUCUAGCUCAGUUAUCUGGUUGGUGUUGAAACUACUGGCAAUCAGGUGGUGUGAUAAGAGAACGAGAGUGACCUAAUAACAGCGGACAACAUGUCAGCAGACUCCUGGGCCCAGGCUGUGGACGAGCAAGAAGCCGCCGCGGAAUCGAUUGGUAGCCUACAAAUCAAAGACAAGCCCGAGGAAAAUGGUACUGCCAACACUGCAUUGGCGACGACUACGACGACAACAACAACGACGACAAACACAGCAGCAGCCAGCGCUACAACGCCUGCAAAGACAGGAGGAGAGGGAGACAAAACAGGGGAGGAGGACGAUAAAGAUGACAAGGCGGCACAGUCGUUAUUGAAUAAGUUGAUACGCAGUAAUCUAGUGAACACAACCAAUCAAGUAGAAGUCCUACAGAGGGAUCCCAACUCUCCGCUUUACUCUGUCAAAUCCUUCGAGGAACUACGGCUUAAACCUCAGCUGCUCCAGGGAGUGUACGCCAUGGGCUUCAACCGACCCUCCAAAAUCCAAGAGAACGCAUUACCCAUGAUGCUCGCUGAACCCCCACAGAACCUGAUAGCCCAGUCUCAGUCAGGGACGGGGAAGACUGCUGCCUUUGUCCUGGCCAUGCUCAGUCAUGUGGAUCCCAACAACAAAUUCCCACAGGCUCUCUGUGUGUCUCCUACCUAUGAGCUGGCCCUGCAGACGGGGAAGGUCAUUGAGCAGAUGGGGAAGCACUACUCAGAGGUCAAACUAGUCUACGCCAUCAGAGGAAACAAACUGCCGAGAGGUACUCAGCUCCAGGAGCAGGUCGUGAUAGGGACGCCAGGCACCAUGCUGGACUGGUGUCUGAAGUUCAAGUUCAUCGACCCCAAGAAGAUCAAAGUGUUUGUCCUGGACGAAGCUGACGUCAUGAUCGCUACACAGGGUCAUCAGGACCAGAGUAUACGCAUUCAGAGGAUGCUACCCAAACAGUGCCAGAUGCUGCUAUUCUCGGCCACAUUUGAGGAGACGGUGUGGAACUUUGCCCAGCGCAUCGUCCCAGACCCCAACAUCAUCAAGCUGAAACGGGAGGAGGAGACGCUGGACACCAUCAAGCAGUACUACGUCCUCUGUAACAGCAAGGAGGAGAAGUUCAUGGCCCUCUGCAACAUCUACGGAGCCAUCACCAUCGCUCAGGCUAUGAUCUUCUGUCAUACCAGGAAAACGGCGGGGUGGUUGGCAGGGGAGCUGUCCCGGGAGGGACACCAGGUGGCGCUGCUCAGUGGUGAGAUGCAGGUGGAGCAGAGAGCUGCUGUCAUCGACCGCUUCCGAGACGGAAAGGAGAAGGUCCUGGUCACCACCAACGUCUGUGCCAGAGGUAUUGACGUGGAGCAGGUUUCCGUGGUGAUAAACUUUGACCUGCCGGUGGACAGAGACGGUAACCCGGACAACGAGACGUACCUUCAUCGGAUUGGCCGCACGGGUCGUUUUGGGAAGCGGGGAUUGGCCAUCAACAUGGUGGACAGCAGGUUCAGCAUGAACGUCCUAAACAAGAUCCAGGAUCACUUCGAUAAGAAGAUCGAGAAGCUGGACACAGAUGAUCUGGAUGAGAUAGAGAAAAUCGCCGGCUGAAAAGAGUUCAGAACCACAUGACUGCUCUAGUCCCUCUUCCUGCUUCUCCCAGACCCCCCCCCCACCCCUCCCCUCGGACUGUUAUCAUAGUGUCUUUAAUUUUUUUAACUUUAGCGUUGGAGAGAAGAGCAAAGCCACAAACACAGCUAUAAUGUUUACAUGUGGUUAAAUGUCUAAUCUCAGAUGUUUUUAUAAGUCUCUGAAACGUUCCCGUUUCACUCUUUGUACUUCUUAAUGAAUAAAGUUUAUAAUAUUAGCUAACAUUUUUCAUUUGUAUAUGUGCAUUGUUAUGCUGUCAUGGUGGUAGGCUUAUGAAAAACAUUUUUUUGUUUUGUUGUGCAAAUCACAUGUUAUUACUGCCAGUAUCUUAGUUAUUACUGCCAGCAGUUAUUUUGGUGGAAUGGAAACAAGCCCUCUCAUUUUAUAUAAAGAUAUUUUUGUUU